AUGUCAGACCGGAUCCAGCGCGGCCGCAUCGAGAAGUCUCCGGGCAAAUCACGUCAGUAUGACCAGUCGUUUCUAAAGAAAGUAUUUUCACGACACAAUCAAGGGUAUACUUUCCACCCCACGGACGAGAACAGGCGUACAUUUCCCGAAAACAAGGAUCGAUAUUUUUUCGACUUUGGCAGCUGGCGUGGCUCCUCGAUUAAAGACCUCGCCCAUGACUGGGAUGGAGAGAGCUUUCUGGCUAACUUUGUGCUUGGCGAGAAGUUCGAUUUGGAAGGUCGCCCCUCCCUCAUCACCGCUCUCCGUCCGUUGGAUGCUAAUUAUUACUGCGAUGAUUGGAAGGUUGGAACGAAGGUACUAGAACGAGGAUUUACGCGGACUUUGAGAAAGGGAUCUCACUUCUACUUUAGCAGUCUCGCAGAAGAUUCCAGAGUACUGCUGUCUUGUGAUGAGACGAAGUAUGAUCAGUUCAUCCAUGUAACGUACCCCCCGCCUGAGCAUUGGACAAGAGAAAAGACUCCUUCAUUUGAGGGCGGCGUAAAGAUGCCUGAUGUGACUCUAGACACGGCCACAUUCGAGGAAACAUUGUUCAGUAAUCUCAAUGAGGCCGAGCGAGAAGAGUUGGCACGAUUCCCGGUACACCUCUCUUUCCACGGCAUGCCCAUCAGGCUAGAGCGGCUAUUUCUCGACAAGCCAGACAUGAAAGCGACAUACCUGACUAUAGCACCGUUCGGCUUCAAGAGCAGCUCGAGUAAAACACAUCCCCAUUAUCUCACAAUGCGUCUCAACGAAGAAGGCCAAGAUGAGGAUUGGGCCGAGAAGCUCCUCGGACUGCCCCAUCACUUCUUCGGUGCCUACGUCAACGGCGAAACGGAGGAUCUUACGUGCGCCCAUAUCAAGCCUAUACAAGCAAGCGAAAUUGAGGCUGGAUUUCGCUUCGAAGUCCAUGGUAACGUCGUGACAUCUGAAAGGGGUCGUAUUGAGCUAGAUAAGGGUAUUCCGUUUUAUCGAUUCGUGCCCUGA